CAAAGGUAAGAGCGGUCGCUGCGGUGCUGAAUGAAAGCGAGGGCGGGUUCGAAUGCCGCGCGCUACCAAGUUCGACUGUCUGAGCUUCUGCUGUGGCUGCCGCUGGUGAAGGGGCUGGAGAUGGGGACGGUCCACGCAUCGGCGCCGUCACGUGGUUUUCUCCUUGGAGUGAGACUGAGUGUCGGCGGCGGCGGCGGCGGCUGGAGGGGGCCGGACUCGUAAACACAGACGCCGCGGCUUGUUUUGGUUCGGGGCUGUGGAGAAAGUCCGCGAAGCUGCGGCUCCUGCGGCAGCCCGAGGAGGACAAGCCGAAGCCCGCGGCCGCAUCGCCUUCGCCUGCCCUCGCUCUGGGGCGCGAGAGGAGGCAACAAGGGCUUUGCCCUCCGAGACUUUCCCGACUGGAAUGAAGAAGAGGAGGAGGAGAAGGAAGCCGCGGCAGCAGCAACAGCAGCCCCGAGGAUGCCCCUUGGUCUCCUCCGCCUCUCCCUCCACUUGGGCAGCGUCUCCUCGCUCCGGCAGCUGCCUGCUUACGUUUGGUGUCGGCAUGGCACUUUCUCUCCCUAACCAGACGGGACUGAAUGGGGUCGCCGCCAGCCUGCUCCUCUUGCACGAGCUGAAGAAGCUGCGAGCUCAGCGCUGAGAUACAUAUAUAUAUAUCCGCGUGUGUGUAUUUUGGAGGAAGUCUUCCCUGGGAUUUGGUUUCUUUGGGUUUUUUUCCCCCCUCCUCACCCACAGAGGAGACUGUAAGACAUUUUGGCGGGGAGGAGACGAGGUGGCUUGCGUGUUGUUGUUAUUAUUAUUACUAUUAUUUGGAAGAGGGGCUCGCCUGCUGUCCACGAGACUUUUGCUGAACGCGUCAACCCCCCCCUCCCCGGUGCCUCCCUCCUUCCCGAGAGGAUAUUUAAUCGGCGUCUGAAAUUGCUUCUUGCUAAGGGUAACCCGAGAAGGGGAGGGGGCUGUUUGUUUGGGAGAGGAGCGGCGGGGGGAACCCCAUUAGGCUGCCAGGAAUCCAGCCCUGCACGGAUGAAAUGAUGCACUUCUCCCCUUUCUCGGCGGCUGCUCUCGGGACGAGGCUUUCCUGCGUCUUAAUCGGGACUGGACUUUUGAAAGACACGUUUCUCCUGCUAAGGGGUCUUUGGGAAUAAAACGGCAGCACGAAGUCACUCUGCUUCUGGAGCUGGAGGAAGGGUUCCGCCGCUUGAACAGCUGUUUCUGGCUUGCCGCUCUCCCUUUCCUCCUCCCAUGGCAUUUUGGAAAACAGGGAUUCCGAGAUAUUUUGCUGUUUUGGUUGCUGCUGCAUGACUUGUAUUUUGGGCUGCUGCGUGUUGAAGACUCGCUCUCCUGUGUCAGAAGCUGCCAGUCGCAAGAGGAGCUGCACCGGCGCCUCUUUCAUUCCACCAUGGCGAGCCCCACAGAUAAUAACGAGAGCUUCUUCUCAGAUGUCAGGAAGGUGGGUUACUUGCGCAAACCCAAGAGCAUGCAUAAGCGCUUCUUCGUGCUGAGGGCAGCCAGCGAGUCGGGACCCGCCCGACUGGAGUACUAUGAGAAUGAAAAGAAAUGGAGGCACAAGUCAGGGGCUCCCAAGCGCUCUAUCCCGCUGGAGAGCUGCUUCAACAUCAAUAAAAGGGCAGACUCCAAAAAUAAGCAUCUGGUGGCUCUCUACACCAAGGAUGAGCACUUUGCCAUUGCUGCUGACAGUGAGCCUGAGCAAGAGAGUUGGUACCAGGCGCUGCUACAACUGCACAACCGGGCCAAGAGCCAUCACUACCAACACCACCACCACCACCACCACCACGGGGAUGUCGCUGUCAGAGGUGGGAGUGUCGGGAUGGGAGAAGCCAGGGAGGAUAACUAUGGGGAUAUGGCCCCCGGGCCAGCUUUCAAAGAAGUUUGGCAAGUGAUCCUGAAGCCUAAAGGUCUGGGCCAGACUAAAAAUCUGAUUGGCAUCUACCGCCUGUGCCUAACCAACAAGACCAUCAGUUUUGUGAAGCUGAACUCUGAUGCGGCGGCGGUGGUGCUGCAGUUGCUCAACAUACGCCGGUGUGGCCACUCAGAGAACUUUUUCUUCAUUGAGGUGGGGCGCUCUGCAGUCACCGGACCAGGUGAGUUCUGGAUGCAGGUAGAUGAUUCAGUAGUAGCACAGAACAUGCAUGAGACCAUCUUGGAGGCUAUGCGGGCUAUGAGUGAGGAGUUCCGGCCCCGUAGCAAAAGCCAAUCUUCCUCCAAUUGCUCCAAUCCCAUUUCUGUGCCUCUCCGCAGCAGGCAUCAUGUCAGCAACCCCCCGCCCAGCCAGGUGGGACUCAGCCGUAGGUCCAGGACUGAGAGCGUGACUGCCACCUCUCCUGCUGGCAGUGGUGUGGGAGGUGGUGGAGGGACAGGGGGAAAACCCAGUUCUUUUCGCGUCAGAGCCUCCAGUGAUGGAGAAGGCACUAUGUCCAGGCCAGCUUCAGUGGACGGAAGCCCUGUGAGUCCAAGUGCCAACCGGACCCACUCACACAGGCACCGCGGCAACUCCAGGCUUCACCCUCCUCUCAACCACAGCCGCUCCAUCCCGAUGCCUUCUUCACGUUGCUCCCCUUCGGCCACAAGUCCAGUCAGCCUGUCAUCCAGCAGCACCAGCGGCCACGGCUCAACUUCUGACUGCCUCUUCCCACGUAGGUCCAGUGCUUCCGUUUCUGGCUCCCCUAGUGAUGGGGGCUUCAUCUCCUCUGAUGAGUAUGGAUCCAGCCCCUGUGACUUCCGGAGCUCUUUUCGCAGUGUUACCCCAGACUCCCUGGGACACACCCCACCUGCCCGGGGGGAUGAGGAGCUUAGUAACUACAUAUGUAUGGGGGGUAAGGCUGCUUCAUCCUGCUGCAGUGUCACAGCCCCUAAUGGUCAUUUUACCCCUCGCGCCUGCCAUCUUCAGCAGCAGACCCGCUAUCCUGGUGUCCCAUGCUGCCCCCGGCUUGGUAGCGAGGAUGCAGGUGAUCUAGAUAAAGUCUUCAGGAAACGAACUCAUUCAGCUGGUACCUCCCCAACCAUCUCCCACCAGAAGACACCCUCACAGUCUUCAGUGGCCUCCAUUGAGGAAUAUACCGAGAUGCUCCCCUCGUAUUCCUGUGGUGGUGGUAGGCUCUCUUCCUUUCGACAUUCUGCCUUUGUGCCAACACAUUCUUAUCCUGAGGAGUGUCUAGAGAUGCACCACGUGGAGGGCGGCCACCACCAGACCAGUUCUACCCCACACACCGAUGAUGGCUACAUGCCCAUGUUGCCAGGAGUGGCCCCCAUCCCCACUGGUGGUAGUGCUCACAAAGGUGGUGAUUACAUGCCCAUGAGCCCCAAGAGUGUGUCUGCCCCACAGCAGAUCAUCAACCCUGGGAGAGGAGGCCGCCAUGUACAGGCCGUAGUGGAUUCCAAUGGCUACAUGAUGAUGUCUCCAAGUGGGAGUUGCUCUCCCGACAGUGGUCCCACUGUCUACAGCAAGCUAUGGAUGAAUGGGACAAGGCAUGAUCCCAAAUUAUCUGUGGAGAGUAAUGAAGGGAAGUUGCCAAGUGGGGGCAGUGAUUACAUCAAUAUGUCUCCAGCCAGUGGCUCUGCUACUAGCACCCCUCCAGACUGCUACUUCACCAGCUCAGGACAUCCAGGCCCAGAAGAGGCAUCCCUGCAAGGCCCUGCUCAGUCCCACCACAAACCCAUCUACUCUUAUUUCUCCCUGCCACGUUCCUUCAAACAUGUGCAGCGCAGGACUGGUGAAGAGGGUGGCACCCAGAUGCGCAUGUCUCUGAGCUCUGGGCGCUUGCUGUAUGCUGCCGCUGAGGACUCCUCCUCUUCCACUAGUAGUGAUAGCCUUGGUGGCCCUGUGGGUCAGGAGGGUGGUGGGUUUUCUGUUCCUCCCCAAACACAACCUUUGCAGCCUGCUGCUUCUUAUACUGUGGACAUGGCUGUGCGGACCAAGAGCCGCCUGGCCAGACCUACUCGUCUGUCUUUGGAUGGCCCUAAGGCCAGCACGUUGCCGCGUGCUCGGGAGCAGCUCCCAGAGCCCAAAAGUCCUGGUGAGUAUGUGAACAUUGAAUUCAGGCAGCCAGCCUUUCCGUCGCCUUCAUCCCAUGGAGAAGCUGGAUCCGGUUCAGAGGAGUACAUGAAUAUGGAUUGGGGAGCUGCCUGCCCGUCUAGGUUGGCGUCCAUGCAGUCCAAUCAGGGCGGGGCAGUCCCCACUGGUGGCCGAGACUACAUGAGUAUGCAGCUGGGCAGUGGGGGGCAAUAUAUAGUUUGUGGCCAUAACCCCUCACCUUCCCCUCCGGCCCUUCUGCUCAGCUAUGCCGACAUGAGGAUGGGCCGUGGUAGGCCUGAAAAAAGCCCACCUGCUGUGGGGCUACCUUCCCCGCAUCCCCAGACUCAGCCAGGCGAGCUGGCUGCAGCCUUGCCCCACUCCUGCUCCUCAACCAUGGUGGGGGGCCCAGGAAUGAGCAGCGCCUUCAUACACGUCAGCCCCAGCCGCAGCAGCCAGAGUGCCAAAGUGAUCCGCGCAGACCCACAGGGGGGCCGGCGGCGUCACAGUUCCGAGACGUUUGCUUCCUCCGCCACUCCUAGUGGUGGCCUUGGGGCCUCAGCCCUGCGCCAUGGGCCAGGAGGAGGUCCUGAUGAGGCAAAGCGCCACAGCUCAGCCUCCUUCGAAAACGUCUGGCUCAAGCCCGUGGCUGGGGAGCCGGGAGCCUCCUCGGGCCUCGUUCCAACCAUCAGGAAGGAGCUGGUUGUGGUUGGGCCUGGGGGAGGCGUUGAGAAUGGGCUCAAUUACAUCGACCUGGACUUAGUGAAGGAUUUUAAUCCGCGCCCACAUCACCACCCCCACCUUCAGGAGAGCACUUCUCUGCUAGGGGGCAAGCAGACGACGCAGCAGCAUCAGCCACCUAAAUCUCCUAAUCAGCCUUGUGGGAAUAGCCACUUGAGUGAUGAAUUAAGUGCAUAUGCCAGCAUCAGCUUCCACAAGCGGGAGGACAUCCAGUAGCUGAUCGGGAGCCAGAGACAAGAACAACGACCUAUAUGACCUCAGAAAAAAACCCUUCUUUGAACUCAUGGGUAUCCAGACUCUGUUUUGUGUAUCACAACUAGGACCUCGCAUCUUCUUCCUCAGUAAAUGGGUAUGAUGCAUCCAGUUCAAUUUGUUUACUUCACACAAACCUCAGGACUUAGUUGACUGAACUGCACAUUGUGUGUGUGUGUGUGCCAAGCAAAAGCACUGUGACACCUGGACAACAAGUCUGCAAUUAUUUCCUCCUCUACCAUAAAGACUUAGCUGGCUACAAUGAACUCAUGUGCCCACCACCGUAAUAUGGUGAGAAUGGGUAUAUUAGUAGCACGUUGACAUAAGACAUGAAAUUUAAGUUGCUGCUGAAAACCUGUAUGACAAAUCAUCAGUGUAAAUUAUUACAUCCAAACUGUUAAUGUUGGUUGAAGAGUAUUAAAUAUUUAACAUAGGGUUUUUUGAUUUAUACAUGUACUUUUUUAAUUAAAAAUGUAACUUUUCCUACAGCACAUCUUUUUUUGAUGUGGAACUGAGGUAUACUAUAUUCUGUUGUAAACAGACUGGGGUUGGGGUGGGGGAAACUUCUUAAAUCAAGAUGAUUAACAAUAGAGUAGGGUACUGUUCUUUUAAGAUUAUAAUUCAGAAUAUAAUAUAAUAUGAAUCAGUGGCCCAUGGAUCUGGAUUGUACAGUCAUAUUUACUGAUGCCAUCAUUUGUAAAAUAACCCUGAGGUUGAGCUGAGUUCUUUCAAAAAGAAAAGAAUCGUAUUUUUUAUUGUACCUGUAAAACAUUAGGCUGUAUUCAUGAAAAGUCAAAUUUUUACUGUGCAUGAUAUUUACAAGCGUGAAUUUGAAACUGUUGGUUGCACAGGAACUUAUAAAAGAUCAGAAAAACAAAUCAAAGUCUUCCAUUGUAUAUAUUGUAAGAAGAAAGAAAAUAAAGGAAAACAAAACGUGGGUGGAACUUUUCAAAUUAAAAUAUCCCUGGAAUGAAAUACGUGGGUGUUUGUAAAUUCUGGAAAUCUCUUUCUAUACAUAAUAAACUAGAUAUUGUUUUAUCA